GGGAAAAAAAAGAGAAGUAGUUCAAUUUCUCUUUUUCAAAAGAAUAAAAAUCAAAUCUUGGUCAAUUUAGAAUGCCAGCGGAUGUUUGCCCCUGUAGAUUCUUCAUAGAAACCCGCUGGGAUUAAUUUCUUUUCCUCAAUAUACUGUCAGCAACUGGAAACACUGAGGAAGAAAAGCAAUAUAUAUAUCAUCUUGAGAAAAUUUUCAGGUCUUUUUGAAAGGAAAUCGAAGGAGAAAACUGAGAAGGGUUUUCAGUAUUGAAACAUACCCAGUGGUGAGUGGUGAGGUUGCUGAAUCGAGAUGCCGGAGAAAGGGGGAAAUGGACCUCCAUUGUUGAACCAGUGGGUUCUCCGGUCGAGUCCUUUGCAUCAAUGGCGUUUUGGGUUGCUAACAGCUCUGGUUUUUGUGGGGAUGGUGGCUGUUUGGAGCAUAGAUGGCUGCACCAUCCAGAGUUUCAUCCAGUCAUGGAAGCUCAAGCAAGAGCUCCUAAACACGAAAGUGGCAACCCUCUCUGCUCUCUCUGAUGAAACACGCCAAAAUCUCACCCAGAAUCUUCAACAAAAUCCCACCUUGAACAGUACCCGUUUUGGUGCGAGCAUUUCAUCGAACACUUCAAGCGCGAUUCUGCAAAACGCCGACGGAAGUCGAGCACAAUCGUCGGAGUUGAACUGGGUUUCAGCUGAAUUAGAGCCGAACUUCACAGAGAAUCUUCUCCAGAGAUGGAAGUCGCCAGGAGAGCCAUGUAAGGAUUCUCGGACGGUGGAGAUUGCCAUUCCCGCUUUGGACGGACGGGAUAUCGUGGAGUUACCGGCCGGCGAAAUCCAUGAGUUUGUCUUCCAAGCGCUCGAUGAGUCUGGAAAUGCACGGUGUUUGGGUGGGGACUACUUCGAGACAGAUGUUUCUGGGGAGUCGUGGAAAUCUCGGCCUCCAGUGAAAGAUUUCGGCAAUGGGUCUUACUCGAUUUCGCUUCAGGUUCAUCCAGAUUUCUCCGGCGACUACAAUCUCACUUUGAUCUUACUGUUUCGACAUUUUGAAGGUCUGAAAUUUUCACCUUCACGAUUUGCAUACAAUAGGGAGUUACGCCAUGUAGGAAUCAGGUUCUAUAAAACUAAAGCUCCACCAUUCCCGGAGCUGCAAAUUUGCCAGAAAUCUGAUUUCACUAGAGAUGUUUGGUCAGGACGGUGGACAAGACAUGGGAAGAAUGACGAUUGUCAAAUUAGUUAUGAUGGUAGAUUCCGAUGUCUACCUCUGGAUUUCCCAUGUCAAAAUCCAUGGUGUAACGGUUCAUUAGGAGCAUUGGAAAGUAAUGGUUGGGUAUAUUCUGCACAUUGUUCAUUCAGGCUGUCUUCGGCAAAUUCUGCUUGGAAAUGCCUGAAGAAUCGUUGGAUUUUCUUCUGGGGUGAUUCGAAUCACGUUGACACUAUAAGGAAUAUGCUGAAUUUCAUGUUGGAUUUGCCUGAAGUGCGAUCCGUGCCUAGGAGGUUUGAUAUGAACUUCUCAAACCCGAAGGAUCCUUCGCAAACAGUUCGAUUCACAAGCAUUUUCAAUGGUCAUUGGAAUGAAUCGGGGAAUUACUUGGGAUUAGAUUCUUUGAAGGAUGAAGGGUUUAGGGAAUUGGUGAAGAAGUACUUCUUAGAGGAUACUGUCCCGGACACCAUCAUCAUGAAUUCUGGCUUGCAUGAUGGUAUUCACUGGUCUAGUAUAAGAGCAUUUUCUCAAGGGGCAGAUUAUGCGGCAUCCUUUUGGAAAGAAUUAAUUGAGUCAGUGAGGCUGAGAGGGUUGAAUGUGCCUCAAAUUUUUUACAGGACAACUGUAGCCACUGGUGGAUAUGCAAGAACUUUGGCCUUCAAUCCUAGUAAGAUGGAGGUCUUUAAUGGGAUGUUCUUGGAGAAAUUGAGACAAGCUGGGCUGGUUUCUGGUGUGAUCGACAACUUUGACAUGACUUUUCCAUGGCAUUUUGAUAACCGAUGCAAUGAUGGAGUUCACUAUGGUAGGGCACCUCUGAAGAUGAAAUGGAGGGAUGGUGAGAUUGGACAUCAGUAUUUUGUUGAUCUCAUGUUAGGCCAUAUCCUACUAAAUGCUCUGUGUGUGUGAGAUAACAGCCAUUAGAGGCUAGUCAGAAAUGUUCUUGGUUGUUGCCUCAUGGGGCCUCAAGAAUGUGGCAUCAUUAGAGUCUCUUCAAGCUGCAGCAUUUGUCGAACGCAGCUAUAGGGUACAAUACAAGACGUAUGUCUUCAUCUAUUCUUUAUUUGUUUAUAGAUUUAUUACUAAAUAGUCUUAGAUAUAGGCCCUUGAGUUUCAAGGAUAGAGUUUUGUUGUGAUUAUUACAGGCAAUUGCAGUAUAACCAUUGCAUAUUUUGGAAGCCAAAGAAAAUGAGCAGAAAGAAGCUUUUCUAAACCAGCAUACAGAGGGCUGGAACUGUUAUCCACCAAAUUGAGUUGUAGCAAUUAUAAUUGAUCAUGAAGCUUUUGUUAUCGUUCAAAUGAUGGAUUUUUAUGCACAUCUUCUGCAAUUUCAAUUUGUGAAUACAACAUAGAUCUUGGAUAUACUAGAAUCCUUGCCUUUGCAUGUGUGUAUGCAUGCAUUGUUUUUGUUAGAUUCAUGUGUCAAAAUUGUAAAUAGUCUUUGAUAGACAUAUUUCUAGCAGCUCCUUGUGUGAAUUGAAGAAUUAGGAUCUGUUUUCCCCCUUCAUGUCUUUGUAGUGGGCUCUCUUUGCAUAUGUUUUAUUAAAAAUGCUUUUUUUUU